UUAAAUUGUGCUCCCCCAUCUUCCCCUGCAGCCAGUGUCACCAUUUGGCAAGGUGGUCAAGGUGGUGCGGACUGCGCCCGAGCCCAAAAAGAGGCCCCGACGCGAAAGCUUCACCGACGAGCCCGCGCUCUUCAGCCAGCCAGACGUAUUGCAUAAGGAGCACGAGCCGCUAGCCGCACCUGUACCUGCGCCAUCCGCUGCCGCGCCUGUGACAACGGCCGGACCCACGCCAGCCGUAGCAGCGACUCCAACAACACCCAAGCCUGCCUUCCCCAGCGACGAGUCGGUGUACGACUCGGUGGAGGCACACGUGGCACGCCUCGCUGGCGGGCUGGAGCACAGUCUCGUGCCGACCACCGCGCCGAUACCUGUUGCAGCUGUGCCGGUCGCUCCGGUGGUGAAUGCACCCGCAGCGCAACCUGCUGGGGCAAUCGCGUCUCAGCAGCACAAGCCAACGACUGCUGCCAGGCAUGGACCUGCAGAAACCAAGGCGAUGCCAAAGAAGCCGACGCCUACAAAGCCAGCUGCCGCAAAGCCAGGCCACCCAGGCCAACCGGACCAUAAGAAACCGGCGCUGGCCGUAGCCGUCAAGUCGGCACCGCCACCACCGAGUCCCGCUAAAGUAAAGCAUGCCGGACAGCUUGCAACACCUUCACCAAAGACGCCCAAGAUUGCCAAGGCGAGCCCCAAGACACCCCAGGGGAAGACGCCAGGGUCGGCAAAGAAGCCAGAGCCACACAAGCAACCAAAGAAGAUGCGGCCCGAGCUACCCACUACACCAGUUGCAGCGACAGCAGCACCAGUUACCACCGCCACCACCCCGACCCCGCCUGCCGUGGUUGUGGCCGAGCGGCCAAAGAGGCAGAGCAAGGAAAAGUUUAAGCGAGCUAUGAUGCGCAAGCGAGAGAUGGGUCGUCGGGUGGACGACGAAGACGUGGAGGACAGCUCGGAGGAGGCGCACGGCUCGGACUGGUCUUCGGAAGACGACCCAGAGCGGCUGUGGUGCAUCUGCCGCAAGCCGCACAACGACAAGCUACUCCAGCAAGCACGGUGCAAAUCUAAAGAGGGUCCGUCUCGAGGGUUCAUGAUAGAGUGUGACCGGUGCAAGGACUGGUUUCACGGGACGUGCGUGGGAGUCACGCGGCAGCAGGGACGGCUGCUCGAGAAGGAGAACAAGGAGUGGGUCUGCCCCAAGUGCUCCAAGGGCGAGAACCGUGGAACUGUGGCUGCUGUGACCAAGAAGGAGCUGCACCGGCAGUCAUCGUCAGAGGACAAGGCCCACCACACCAAGAGUCCCCACGCAAAAGCUGGCCACCCCAAGCCCACCCAUCAGCCCACCCAUCAACCCACCCAUCAGCCGAAGCCUGCUGAGGAGCAUGGCACACCUGUUGCCCCAGCUGUCAAGCCUGCCGCACCUGCACCCAAAGCAGUGGUACGGGAAUGCCUGGUGUGCAAGCGCAAGGCCGAGUGCAUUGGCUUGUACUGUGGCCGCGACUGCAUUGCCAAAUAUGUGCACGAUGCCAGUCAGACAAUCAAGGCAGCCAAGCUAGACGGCGAGCGGCGUCUCAUGUUUACGGAGCGAAGCUCCGGCAAGCUGGUUGCUGGCGUCACGAUGCCCACACCGGAGAACCUCACCAACUGGCUGGUGCGCAAUCCAACCUUUGAACUGGCCGUUGCACGUACACCAGGGCGUCCACACUCAACCAAGCAGCCGUCUUCCAAGCCAGCGCAAGCCAAGCAGCCACACACCAAGCCGGCAAAGCAGCCAGUAGCCGCUCCGGCACAGUCGGCUGUGCCCUCAGGAGCGAACACCACGUUGCCAGCACCCACACCUGGCAGCACGACCAACAACGCACCAGCCGAAAGCACAGGCAGCGCAGAAGCUGCGACAGAAGUGAAGAAACCGGAAGCAGCCCAGCCGUCCCCCGAACCAGUUCGCCUGAAUGUUCGCAAGGUGCUGAGGGAUGCACUGCUCAACAGGUGCAAGGAGGCCUCGGACCUGUCAUUGUCGGUGGACGAGGUGCGUCGCAUGGCGCUGCGCAUUGAGGAGGAGCUGUUCAAAGUGUUCCGGGACACGGGCACGCGCUACAAGUCCAAGUACCGCAGCCUGGUGUUCAACAUCAAGGACAGCCGCAAUCAAGGCCUUUUUCGCAAGAUCCUCCGGGGCAAGAUUCCACCCGACCGGCUGGUGCGCAUGACUCCCGAGGAGCUCGCCUCCAAGGAGCUGGCCCGCUGGCGGGAACAGGAGAACAAGCACACCAUCGAGAUGAUCAAAAAGGAGCAGAUGGAGGCAGCGCAGAACGUGUCGUCACACGCGCUUCUCAAGAAGACGCACAAGGGCGAAGUGGAGAUAGAUGACGACAACCUCCGACUGCUGGAGAAAGCUGAUGAGAAAGCGGUGGCCGAACACCCUGAGCCGCCAGCUGCAGUGGCACGCGUGCCAAGUGUCGGCAGCACGACAGCGACCAUCGAGACUGCCGAGAAGUCGGCCAGGGACACGACGGACGCGCACCGGUCACACCUCUUUGAUCUCAACUGCAAGAUCUGCACGGGAAAGGUGGCCCCACCCCCUGAAGAUAGGCCAACGCCUUCACCACCACCGUCACGACGUUCAUCGACAGCAAGCGUGCCUGCACAACCCAGCGGUAGCCUUCCAACGCUCGCAGACGAGCUGUCGUCGUCGUCUGCAUCGUCGACGUCCCCUCCACCUCCUCCACCCGCACGCGGCAGAGGUGGCACACCCCCACCUUCUUCAGAGCACAGCAAAGGGCUGCGGAGGCCACGCGAGGACUCUUCCGACCUCGAGCCAAGUUCCACUGUUUCACUCGGAUCCCCGGACUCUGGCAAGGGUGGCAGCAAGCAGCCCCAGCCAAGCUCGGUGUGGAAGGGCUUCAUCAGCAUGCAGGAGGUGUCCAAAUUUGUCACGGCUGCCUACAAGGUCUCUGGUCCCACGGACUUCCUCUCACAGCAGGAUAUCCCGGAUACAAUACAAGUCUGUGGCCGCAUCAUACCUGACCAGGUGUGGGACUACCUGAGCAAGAUCAAGCAGUCUGGCAACAAGGAGCUGUUGGUGGUGCGCUUCCAGCCUGCGAACGACGAGGAGCGGCGGCCCUACCGGGAGCUCUACACGUACCUGAACUCGCGCAAGCGGUGUGGCGUCGUGGGUAACUUGUCGCGCAUGCUCAAGGACUUCUACAUCCUGCCGCUGCCCUCACACAGCCCCGUGCCCACCGUGCUCAUGCCUUUCGACGGGCCCGGUCUGCAGUCCGGUCGGCCACACAUGCUUUUGGGCAUCAUAGUGCGACACAAGAACCGCCUCAGGCCGCCCUCUGGCAAAUCCAGGUCAUCAUGGUCCGAUCGCUCGGAAGCAGUGUCGCUGACGCCUCCACUGGCAGAGCCCUCUGUGGGUGCUCACUCUGAUGACGAGGAGCCUUACGAACCCUCGUACACGCCACCUUUGGAGAAGCGGCCAAGACAAGCCCGGCUUCGACAAACGUCGUCUGCCGCAGAGGAAAGGACGCCGUUGGCAGACGACGAGGACGUACCCUACGACCCUGAGGAGAAUGAGGUGGGCAUUGGGGGCACCACGCCGCCUUCUGCAGAGCCUCCUCCACCCCCUCCACCGAGGGUGUCUGGACAGGCUGUGAGCGAGCUGAUCGAGCGCAUCUCUGCGGGCGCCAACCCAGCUGCCGUCACGACAUCCGUGCUUGCCUCGCUGGCCUCCAACGCCAACCUGGAACACCAAAAGCGUCUGCUCGUGGAGCUCACUCAAGAGGUGGAAGAGCAGAAGCGGCAGAUUGAGCUUCAGCGCUUGCAGGCCAUCCAGCUGUCGAUGGGCAAGUCGUCUUCAUCCACCCCUCCGCGACCUCCCACCCCGAGCCAAGCACAGGCUGCGGAGGCUUCGGGCAUCCCCUUCUUGGAUAGCUCGCUGCCGACAGACACGGGCCUGUCUUUUCUUAGCGGCACCGGAACGUCCUCGGGUGGCUGCAGCCUGCCGUCAAGCCUCCAGGAGUUGCUCAACAAGGUGAAGGCACCGGCACCACAGCAGACGCCGUCCGGUGCCAAUUCCAGUGUCAGCGACGUCCUGGGCACGCUGCUGUCUUCCUCCGGGUCUCUUGGCACCUCGGCCGCCACAGCCAUUGGGUCACCUCAACAUGCGCAGAGCCCUCUAGGGGCCAAGAAGACGCUCACCGAGGACCCCAUCGUGCGUCACUUUGCUGGCGAUGCAACGCCAGAGUCCGACGCCGAAGGCGCUGGCACCACACCACCACCUCCAGGCAUAGGAGAUUCGCCACUGCCUGGCACUGCAGCCGUGUUGACGGUGGCAGCUGGCACUGCAGCGGCAGUGUCGCGGUCCCCGGGCACACCCACCAAGGACGAGUUGGUUGUUGAGGAUGCCUCCCGACCUCAGGACCCACGGAGGCGGAAGACUGCGUUGCAGUCAGCCAGUGCAUCAAGCCCUGCCAUGUCGCCACUUGUAACAGUAUCUUCGUCAUCCAGUGCAACAACAAGCAGCCAGCUGGGCGCCAAGUCUGCCAGCGAAUUGAUGGAGAUGGCGCGCAAGCAGCUUGAGGAGAUGGACGUGCCACCUCCACCCAGUGGAAUUGUGCAGCAACCUGUCACAGCACCGGCAGCCCCUCCUCCACCACCUGUUUACGGCGCCCCACCCCCCACAGGCAUGCCACCUGCAGGAAUGCCACCUGCUGGGAUGCCACCUGCUGGGAUGCCACCUGCUGGGAUGCCACCAGCUGGAAUGCCACCGGCAGGCAUGCCUCCACCACACCCGGCUGCUGGGAUGGCACCGCCAGCAAACCUGGUGCCGCCACCCGGAGGCAUGUAUGGCCCGCCGCCGCCACCACCCCCCGUGGACCCCUCUGCAUAUGGGGCACCCCCUGGCAUGCUGCCACCGGGCGUGGUACCACCGGGCUACCCACCACCUCCACCUCAGUGGAACACUCCUGCCGACCCCUACUGGAAGGGCCCACCACCUCCGCCGCAGGCCGGCUGGAAUGGUGGCGGACGUAGCGGCGAGUACCGGCAGCGCGGGGGGCCCCCCGGCGGCUGGAGGGGUGGCGGUCGCAGAAACCAGUGGGAACACUGAGCCCGGUGCUCGGCCGGCAGAAACCACCAGGACCACAAGGUCGUGCCCCGAACGAGAGUGGUACAAGAUUGCAGGAAGGCUUCCAUACCUGCCUCAUCAGGCACACUGUGGCAGCCGUUGUGCCCUGCAAUGCAGCCCUCGUCAUUCAUCGCACUAGGAGUACGGAACUUUCUGGAAAGGAGAACUUGCACACAUUGUACAGCCUUUCUUUAGGCCUAGCGCCCGGUUGACCUUGCAGCAUCGCCUUUGGCUCUGCAAGGUCACUUAUCUUUCAUCGCUCGCCUCAGUGGCAUUGUUGGCAUGGCAUCCAUCUGCAGGACACUGAAUGUGUGACGACGAUAGUUUGCCCACCACAGUGGAACACUUGAUUAGUGCUGUCAUAUACUACAUCCUCUCCAGCAGAAGACUGAAUCACCAGUGCAUUGAAGAGCAUUGUUCCUUGUUCAGUUUUUUUUUUUUUUUUUUUUCUGCUAUCUGUUCUAUAAGCUUGUUUCAAAUCCCCUGGAGGUAUUGUUUGUGUAGAUAAGUUUUGCGGCUCAUUUGGUUGGUGUUUUCUUGUUUUACGGAUGCUCAUUGGGCUGCCGGGACAAACAACAUUGGGCGACGUGUUGCACGCAGCUUCCAAAACCAGAAAACAAAAAAAAGAAAAGUGUCGCCACUUCCAUUACUUUUUUUUUUAUUCCUCCAGAUGUACAGACACAAAAAGAACUCCACAGUUGUUUCUCAUGAGAAGUGUACGUAACCAUGUCGGUAUUGACGCCGAGCUAUAGGUGUUAGCACGUGCUGGUACAAGCAGGCCCCAUGGUUUAUUAUGUGCCUCUGGAGGGGGGAUGCCUUGGAUGACACCACAGAAAAGUGCAACAUCUUUCUACACAGCUUCAUGUUUUGGGAAACAGCUCGAGCCGUCAUUGUCACCUCACCUGCCGUGCUCGCCUGUUCACCACCGACAACCAUCAUGCGCCUUGUACAUAACUCGCUUCUUUCGAUUCCACCUUCCCUUUCAACCCCAUUUUGCUGCCUCAUGAUUUUUAAUGUAACUAUGACAUUGUCACUUUCAGUACCAGAUUUUAAACUUCAGAACAAAAUAAAAGAGAAUAAGCGUUGAAACACAUUGGAAGAUUGAAAUAGCAAACUGCUUGCCGAGUCUUCUUUAGUGGAUUGUGCCCUAUGGCACUGGUCCAUGCAAGGGGUGGCUUACAAAAAAAAAUGCGAUGUGAAUUACUUCUGAAUCUAAGUAGAUAUACAAUCAGCGGCCCCUGUUUUGUCCUAUCAUGUUCGUAAACAAUGAACAUGUGCUGAAUUCAAGGAGAUAGUAAAUUGUGCAAUCAGUUAUGCAAAUUUUAAGCAUAGACAAGUUUUUGUCGCUGGUUGCAAAAAUGUGUCAAUUUUUCUUUUCUUUUUUGCCCCUUAACUUUGGCAGCAAAAGAAACAGCAACGCAACAGGAAUAGUUGCUGUGAUUCGCAGUUUUCCUACGUGUAUCUAAGGGCAAGUAUUGCAUUGUGCUUCCUAUUUUAAUCACAUAGCUAUAAUCUACAGCACCUCUGUAGGCAUCAAUGUUCUUCUGAUUGUUUUGUGAUGAGUCCUGAACUGCACGCUCAAAAACAUACACAGCCUUCGAGAAGUCGAGGCUUAAUACAAGCAGCAAGAUUAAUUCUGUUACCGAGAGAACUUGCAUUUUCUGUAGUGCAAUUUAGGGAAGUUUCAAAAGGCACAAAAGUUGAUCCUCAGCAGAAGUACAUGGGAUAAAAAGCUGGUUGCUGUCGUGGUAAGUUGACAUUCGAAGCCUUUUUUUUUUUUUUUAAUCUUUUCAGCGUGUCCCAUCGCAUGCAGCAAAUUCAGCAGCAGCAUCAGUAAAUAAAUAUAUGCCCUUGUAUGCCAGAGGUUGGUAAAAUACAAAUUAUACUUGCUUUUUUUCUUUAACUUUUUUUUUUAACCAAGCCUUAGACUAGUCACUUGUGCUCUCGUUGGAAUAAUUGUUUACCGUCUGGUAUUUGCAUAACAGUGAAAAGGUAAGGGGGGGGAAAUGCUUCCAAAACUAAUAAAGCUUUAGAGACUGAAAUUGAGCCGCAACAAAAUUUUGUUGCACUUGCCAUAGAGUGCAUCCAGUAAGUUCACCUGAGCAAACCACUUUUACCUUUUUUCUUCACCCACUAGCAUAACUAAUGAAAAACCCUGCCCUGAAAAACAGUUGUUGGGUGGGGUUAAAGGGCAUUGCAGAGCGAAGAUGAUGUGCUGGGUGGCGCAAGCUCGUUCCUUAAUGUGGGGCCUGCCACCAUAAAAAUAUGCCUGUACAAAAAAAAAAUGCAAAUUAGACAGCACCAGCUGAUAACGGCAGACAUGUUCUGCACUCGCAUAACGUGUACCCCCAUCUGAUGACACUGCUUUUUGAUGGACAUUGUGCAAUGACUGGGUGGGAAUUGUAUCUUUUUUUUACCUCCUUCCGAGUGUGUGUGUGGGCUGACCAACUCUGAAAGGUCUGUAGCAUCAUUGUGAUCUGUUGGCUGCGAUUUUUCUCCAAGUGGGGAGCUGUUGUGCUUGUGUAGCGAAGUGCUGCGCUUUCAGAAUAAAGACGGGCUUGUAGCUGUG